AUGGGUGGUGUGUCGCCGCUGUCGCCAAGACUCGCCCGCUGCCCCCAUGGAGCCGCAUCAAGCUCUUGGUCCAGAACCAGGAUGAGAUAUGAUUCAAGCAGGGCCGUCUUCGACUACCCCUUACAAGGGUUAUCGGUGACUGCUUCGGCCGAACCUACCGUGAGGAGGGUAUGGCUGCGCUCUGGCGUGGUAACACCGCCAACGUCAUCCGUUUACUUCCCCACCCAGGUCCCCUUGAACUUCGCCUUCAAGGACUACUUCAAGUCCCUCUUCGGCUUCAGGAAGCAGGAUGGUUACUGGAAGUGGUUCGGUGGUAACAUCGCCUCCGGUGGUGCCGCCGGUGCGACUUCGCCUCCUCUUCGUCUACUCUCUCGACUACGCCCGUACCCCGUCUUGCCACGACAACAAGUCCGCCACCAAGGGCGGUUCCCGCCAAUUCAACGGUUUGGUCGAUGUUCCUACCGCAAGACCCUCGCUUCCGACGGUAUUGCCGGUCUUUACCGUGGUUUCGUCCCGUCCC